AUGUCGUAUCUGGAGCAGAGGGACCUGUUAUGUGCUGCUCAGCACGGAUUUCGUCGUGGUCACUCCUGUCUUACAAGCAGUCUUUACUCUCAGGAAAAGUGGACAAGAGCCACAGACCAGGGCCGUCCAGUGGACGUCAUCUUCUUUGACUUUAAGAAGGCGUUUGAUAGCGUUCCUCAUGGACGACUCCUACAGAAGAUUUGGGAGUGUGGAAUACAGGGCAGCAUUUUCAAUUGGAUUAAAAGUUUCCUGUCAUGCAGGCUCCAAAAAGUCAUCGUUGGUGCCACUACAUCCGAAUGGGUGCCAGUAAAAAGCGGCGUUCCGCAGGGCUCAGUCUUGGGUCCUCUCCUCUUCCUCAUCUAUAUAAAUGACUGUCCUGCAGACCUUGAAUGCGAUGGCAUCAUGUUUGCGGAUGAUAUAAAGAUCUGGAAAACAAUCAGCUGCGUUGAAGAUGCGCAAAAGCUACAGGAAGAUGUUAAUAAGCUGGCUGCGUGGUCCAGCAAGUGGAUCCUAGCGUUCAACGUAUCCAAGUGUGUAGUCUUGCGACUAGAAUCUGGACGGAGGCGCUUCCCAAAACAUCAGUACGUCAUAAAUGGGGUUCCACUAAAUGAAGUGGACACGCACAAAGACCUAGGUGUCUGGACAUGCUCAAACUUGCUGCCCUCUCAGCACUGCAAAAGAGUCGUCCAAAAGACAACCAGCACCAUGCACUGGAUUAGGCGUGCCUUCAAAAUCUUUCCUCCAGAACUCUUCUCACAGAUAUUCGGCACAUUCGUCAGACCGCUCUUGGAACACGGAAUGCCAUCAUGGAUGCCCUGGAUGAAGAAAGACAGUGAUGCCAUAGAGCAGGUGCAACGACGGGCCACAAAACUGGUGGACGGUCUCAGGACUCUGUCAUACCCAGAAAGACUGAUCUAG